AUGUCAAACCCUACUCUGCCAGAAAAUCAGGACCUCGAUGAGGAGGCCUAUAACUCCGCCGAGGAUGAAGAUUUCGAGCUAGACGAGGCACCGGACGACUCCGACUUAUCUUCCGAUGCGGAGGCCGCAGAACCCGCAAAGAAGAAGCGAAAGACGGUCACCCAAUCUCAGCCCCUGGAGGAUGCAGAACUUGACUCUGGAGAUGAGGCUACUAUCAGAAAAGCGAGGGAGAAGAAAGAGAAGGCCAAGGGAAAGAAGACCAAGGGCAAACGCGCGCGCGAUAGCGAUGAGGACGAUGGCGACAUUGACAUGGAUGACGAUGAAGGAGGAACAGGUGGAUUCGUGCGAACACGCGCAAUGAAACAGCAAAUACAAGAAGAACAGCGCAAACCGCUGGCCAGGAUCGACGGCGCGACCGUGGACGUGAACGCCCUGUGGGAGCAGAUGAAUGCGCCCCAAGGAAAAUCCAGCUUGCAGCCACCCCAGACCCAGCAGAUACCCGAAUCUGCCCCCGAACAUGAACCAACGAAAGCACCGGACCAGGGUACCAGAGACGCGGGACACAAAAUAGACCAUGCCGCGCACACUGACCAGAUGAUCAAGAUCAAGCGCACCUACAAGUUUGCCGGGGAAUGGAUCACAGAGGAAAAAGUUGUGCCCAAACACUCGGCGGAGGCUAAAGCGUUUUUGUCGAGUGGCGAGAAUGUCGAAUACGCCGAUGAGGAUGCCGCAGCCGCAAACACCGCUCGUAACCUUCGGCGACCGCUCCGCAAGAUCUCGCGAUUCGACCCUAACCCGACCGGCACGAUUAAGAAGAGCUGGGAAAAGCAACUCGUUGCCGACAAAGACGCGCGCGGACCCAAAAUCAACACCGUGGAGAAGUCACGACUCGACUGGGCUUCGUACGUCGACUCGGCGGGUAUCAAAGACGAGCUGCGCACGCAUAGCAAAGCCAAGGAGGGUUAUAUCGGCCGCAUGGAUUUCUUGGGUCGUAUGGAAGACAAGAGGGAAAACGAACGGCGGGCUGCACGGCUCAAGGGCAUAUGA